CAUGGGAAGCGUCAUUUCCUCGUCCAUUUUCCUUCUCUUCGUAUUCCUUCCCAUCGUCGUGUCUCUCCCUCUAUCGACGAAUUCACGUUGGAUCGUCGAUGAGGGAGGACGACGGGUGAAACUAGCAUGCGUAAACUGGGUGUCGCACCUCGAACCGGUGCUCGCCGAAGGGCUCAGCAAGCAGCCUAUGGAUACGUUGGCCAAGAAGAUUGUGUCAAUGGGGUUCAACUGCGUUAGGUUCACUUGGCCACUCUAUUUGGUCACCAACGACUCGUUGGCAUCCCUCACCGUUCGACAAUCGUUUCAAAGACUCGGCCUCCUCGAAUCUAUCUCCGGAAUCCAAGCCAACAACCCUUCCAUCAUCAACGUUACCCUCAUCAAAGCUUAUCAGGCAGUGGUGUCAAGCCUAGGGGAGAACAAUGUGAUGGUCAUACUUGACAAUCACAUAAGCACCCCCGGUUGGUGUUGCAGCAACUUCGAUGGCAAUGGUUUCUUCGGCGACAUAUACUUCAACCCGGACCUAUGGAUCACUGGUCUGACUCGAAUGGCGACCUUGUUCAACUUUGUUACUAAUGUGGUCGGCAUGAGUUUGAGGAAUGAGCUUCGAGGCCAGAAACAAAACGUAAACGAUUGGUAUAAGUACAUGCAGAAAGGGGCCGAAGCAGUGCACUCGGCAAAUCCGAAUGUUCUCGUUAUACUCUCGGGAUUGAGUUAUGAUAGGGACUUGUCGUUCAUCCAAAACCGAUCGGUAAAGCUCACAUUCAGCGGGAAACUAGUAUUCGAGGCGCAUUGGUAUGGUUUCUCCGAUGGGCAGGCAUGGGUGACCGGCAACCCGAACGAAGUGUGCGGCAGAGUGACGAGAAACGUGAUGAGGACAUCAGGGUACUUGGUUGAUCAAGGAUACCCGUUGUUCGUUAGCGAGUUCGGAAUCGACCAAAGAGGAAUCAAUGUCAAUGACAAUAGGUACAUGAACUGCUUCUUGGGUGCGGCAGCUGAACUUGACCUCGAUUGGGCAUUGUGGACACUUGUUGGGAGCUAUUAUCUGAGAGAAGGUGUUCUCGGGUUAAACGAAUAUUACGGAGUCUUGAAUUAUAACUGGUGCGAAACAAGAAAUUCAAGCUUCUUACAAAGAAUCUCAACUCUCCAAUCUCCUUUCCGGGGUCCAGGUCUAUCGGAAGCCAAACUGCACAAAGUGAUCUUCCAUCCCUUAACAGGACUAUGUGUCACAAAAAAAUCAUUGCUCGACCCGUUGCGCUUAGGUCCGUGUACCGACUCCGACGCUUGGAGUUACUCACCCCAGAAGACUUUGGUAGUAAAAGGAACUUAUUUCUGCUUACAAGCAGACGAAUCCGGGACUGUGGCGAAACUCGGUAUCUUCUGUACCGACUCGAAUUCGAAAUGGGAAAUGAUAUCGGAAUCAAAGAUGCAUCUCUCGACCAAGCUUGAAGACGGCAAAUCCGUUUGUCUCGAUGUAGGUCCCGACAACACUCUCAUCACGAACAGUUGCAAAUGCAUUAGCAAAGAUAACACAUGCGAUCCUUCGAGCCAGUGGUUCAAGCUCGUGGACAGCUCGAGGAGCUCGGGUGUGGAACGAUCUUUGGUGCAAUACUUGCCUGGAAACGGCUUCGCCUCGAACCCAUUGGUUGGGUCCAUAUAAAAAGCUUUUAUUUAGGUAAAGAUAUAUGAAGCAGCUACACCUUGCAUUGCCUGUUGAAAUGGCAGGGAAUUGAUUCAGUAUGAGUUCCACCAUUUUUAUCAAACAUUUGUAUUUCUAUUUAUAUGAAGCAGCUACACGCUCUCGAGACCCUGAGCCAUUGA